AUGGCGUCUCCUAUGGGCGAACACGGCACCUUCAAGGCCCCGAGGUCGGUACAGAGUCAGCCCAAGCCAGGGCUGGAGAAGGAUAUGCGUCCGCCUAGCGAGUCGACCAAGCUGGAAUCCAAAGGCCAAUUCAACGAAUAUGUCGGAUCGGGCAAGCUGAAGGACAAGAAAGUCCUCCUCACGGGAGGAGAUUCUGGAAUUGGUCGAUCAGUAGCCAUUUUAAUGGCAAGAGAGGGCGCGGACGUCAGCAUCGUCCAUCUACCCAAGGAGCAAGAGGAUGCAGAAUACACCAAGAGUGUGAUUGAGAAGGAGGGGCGAUCUUGCCAUCUUAUUGCAGGGGACUUGAGGGAUCGUGCUUUUUGCUGCCAGGCAGUCAAGCGACAUGUCCAAAACUUCGGCCAUAUCAACGUCCUGAUCAACAAUGCAUCUGAACAGAACAUGUGCAAGAACUUUGUGGACAUCGACCUGGAUGAAGUCGAGGAUAUCUUCCGGUCCAACAUCAUCCAGAUGAUGGCGUUGACGAAAUAUGCUCUACCACAUAUGUUCCGAGGCGAUAGCAUUAUCAACACCUCCUCCGUCGUGACCUUCCGUGGAUCAGGCAGCAUGGUGGACUACUCCGCGACGAAAGGUGCUGUCGUCGGCUUCACUAGGUCGCUGGCAGUACAAUUGAUCCCCAAGGGCAUUCGAGUCAAUGCAGUGGCCCCUGGUGCCGUCUACACGCCCAUCCAAGUGGAUACUCGAGAUGCCAAGGAAAUGGAGGGAUGGGGCACGAAGACAGCGCUGGGUCGACCCGGUGAACCCAGCGAGGUGGCCACCAGUUUUAUCUUUCUGGCGAGUCCAGAAUCUACCUUGUGGUACGGACAGAUUAUGCAUUGUCAUCCCCUUGGAGACUAG